AUGGACUGGACUCAGUUCGGCGAGUUCCAGAAUCGUCCGUGCCGCGUUGUUGGCGUAACGCCGGCCACACGCGUGAGUGACGAGCCGGUGGACGAGGCCCUGGUGGCGCCCGGGCGCCGCAUGCUCGACGCGCUGCUGGACAGCGACUCCUCGGCCGGGCCGUGGCGCGAGGACAUCGACGCGGGCAGCGUGCGGGCCGAGCAAGUGGCGGCCAGCAUGUCCGAGCCCAGCGAGGCCGUUCAGGCCCGAGUCUACCGCGCUUCGUCUUCGUCUUCGUCUUCAUCUUCAUCUUCAUCCGAUUGCUUCGAGCUCACCCAUCUCGUCUGCCAGGGUCAGCUUGAGUACGUGUUUGUGGUGGACAAGGCGGCGCGGCGGUUCGUGUUCGUGGGCGAGUGCUGCUCGCUACCGCACGCGGGCACGAACGACUUCGUCUACGACAACUCGUGGCGCAGCGGACCGAGCCUGCUGCCGGACCCCUCCCUGCUGCCCACACCCGCCACCCUGCUCGCCGCCGCCAAGCAGCGCUUCGCCGAGUUCUGUCUCGAUUGCUACACCCGUGACUAA